UUCUUUCAACAGCAGCAACAGUUAGUCAGACACCUCCGUCGUUGAGUAGACAAAAUAGACGAACCAGUAGAGCUCUUUAGACGCUUUAGUGUAUAUUAACCACUGUGUUUUACACCCACUUCUGUCGUCUAGUUAGUUAUCCGAUUUAAUUUCAUAUCUACGGUGGUGUUGUUAUUUGUCAGCUAGCGGGCUGGUUAAGUUAGCAUUAGCCUAGUUAGCUUACAUCCUCGACCAUGAGCUCGCUAAGCUACUCUCCUGCUAAAGAAGAGGGUGUCUGCUGGACGGAAAAAGAUGGACUGUGGCUGAACGUUGUCGUGAAAGAAGAGGAGGAAGAAGAGGAUUUCUCAGUAAAACAAGAAGUAGAUGGUGAGGCUGUUACAGUGAAAGAAGAAGAGAAAGACGUUUCAGUGAAAGAAGAGGAAGAUGCGUUCAGAGUGAAAGAGGAGGAUGGGGAGAUGACUGUCAUAUCCAAAAAGGAGGAAACUGGAUUUCUGGGCCCGGUUUCCCAAACGCAUCUUAAGGCAUCCAAUGGUUCUAACGAUGAACUUAGCCGUAAGAUGGUUUUGAGAAACCGGCCCCUGAUUAACACUAGAGAGAGACGUGACAAUCGUGGAUCCUCUGGGGAGCCUCAACAACCUUGUGAUGCUGAAGAGGCAGAGAAGAGUCUCUCCAGAUCAGAACACCUCAAUAAACACCCGCAGAGAUCCACAGGGAAGAGAACUCACUGCUGCUCUGACUGUGGGAAGAGAUUCACCUCAUCAGGCAUUAAAAUUCAUCAGAGAAUACACACAGGAAAGAAACUUUAUAGCUGUGAUCAAUGUGGGAAGAGUUUUGGUCAAUCUGGAGAGCUGACAGUGCACCAGAGAACACACACAGGAGAGAAACCUUAUAGCUGUGGUCAAUGUGGGAAGAGUUUUACUACAUCUAGCACUCUGACUUUACACCAGAGAAUACACACAGGAGAGAAACCGUAUAGCUGUGAUCAAUGUGGGAAGAGUUUUAGUCAAUCUGGCCAUCUGGUUUUACACCAGAGAACACACACAGGAGAUAAACCUUAUCGCUGUGAUCAAUGUGGGAAGUGUUUUGGUAGAUCUGACCAUCUGGUAUCACACCAGAGAACACACACAGGAGAGAAACCUUAUAGCUGUGAUCAAUGUGGGAAGAGUUUUGGUCAAUCUGGCCAUCUGGUAUCACACCAGAGAACACACACAGGAGAGAAAUCUCUUAGCUGUGGUCAAUGUGGGAAGUGUUUCGGUAGAUCUGGCUCUCUGAAUCUACACAAGAGAACACACACAGGAGAGAAACCUUAUAGCUGUGGUCAGUGUGGGAAGAGUUUUGGUCAAUCUGGAGUGCUGACAUUGCACCAGAGAAUACACACAGGAGAGAGACCUUAUAGCUGUGAUCAAUGUGGGAAGAGUUUUGGUAGAUCUGGCUCUCUGACUCUGCACAAGAGAACACACACAGGCGAGAAAUCUUUUUGCUGUGAUCAGUGUGACAAGAGAUACUUUGAUAAAAGAUCUCUGAUCAAACAUAAGAAAAUACAUACAUGAAGGAGUUAUUUCGUGAUAUCAAUGAAAAAAUGUCACAAUGUAGAAUGUUUUUAACAUUGUAGUAGGAGUAUUUUAAGGAAUUUCACAAUGUAGAAUCCUAAACGUUUGCCCCAUUCAAUUGAUUUCAUUUACAUUUACAUUUAAGUCAUUUAGCAGACGCUCUUAUCCAGAGCGACUUACAAAUUGGUGCAUUCACCUUAUGACAUCCAGUGGAACAGCCACUUUACAGUAGUGCAUCUAAAUCUUUUAAGGGGGGGGGGGUGAUUUCAGCAUGAUAUGGAUAUUAGCCUUUGGAAAAAUCCAGGCUCUGAAUUGAAAGA